AAUUAUUACACCAUUUCUAUUUUUCCGUUCAGCAAUAUUGCCCUAAUCAAUAUUCCGCAAGACGAAUACAUAUCCUCUCAACGAACAAUAAGCAACUCCCCCAAGAAAAUAGACGAGCAAGAUGCCAAUACACAUAGAACCCAUUACCCAAGCCGACAUCGCACGCAUGGUUGACAUCCAACAAAUGGCAAUGGGCGCUAGUGCCUUCUUCCGCAGUACGGGAGACGUACCGAACAUAGACGGAUCCCCGGAAGAGGUGUCGGCAUCACCAUGCAGGACCAACAAAAUAUCCCGAGUCUUGGAUAACUGGGAUAAAGACCCCACCUGCUAUUUUCUGAAAGCUGUUGACGAAGGCUCCGGUGAGAUGGUUGCGUUUGCCAAAUGGCAUAUUUACCAUGGGGAAGAGGGGUUGAAGAAAUGGCGCGCUUCCGUGAGGACGGAUGAGGGUAUGAAGAUUCCGCUUGGAGCAAACGAGGAUGGCUUUCGAUUUUGUAAGAGCAAAUUAUUGGAGAAACGGAAAGUAUUCUUUGGAGAGGAUGGAAGGGAGCAUUGUUUGCUGGCACUGCUGGCGACUGAUCCCCGUUAUGAGCGUCGUGGAGCAGCUUCUCUUCUGACACAAUGGGGUUGUGAUUUUGCCGAUAGACUUGGAAUUGGGUGCUAUGUCGAGUCGUCGAAGAAGGGAUACCCUGUAUACAAGAGAAAGGGAUUUGAAGAUAUAUCGUCACAGGAAGACGAGAGUGUUAUACAUUUUGAUGCUAGUAGUUUUACUGGUAGGGGAGGGAAUGACGGUGACUGGGUGAACCUGGUCUGCAUGGUGCGACAGCCAGGAAAGAGCGUAUGUUAGGUUAUUAAACCGGGCUUAGAAACAGCUUAGCCACUCAAGGAAUGUGAUAUCUACCUAAUAAUAACAUCCAAAACAACAGACUUCCGC